GGCCUGGCUUACCCGACCUGCCCGAGCUCGGCGUGCCUCGGCUCAGCGGGGCUGCGGGCGCCGCCUCCUCUCAGGUCGUCAAAGGCUGCGGCUCUUUUGUGGGUGGGGAAGGCAAAACUGACGCAGAGUGGAGAAAAGCCAACAAGGAAGGGUUCUCAGGAAGGAAACAGCGAGAAGGCCAGGUGACUGGAGCAGAAAGAACAAGGGCCAGAGUGGUCUGUGAUGGAGAAGUGUCAGGGCCUGAUCAAGCAGAGCCUUGUAGUCCAAGAUGACAACAGCAACACGACAGGAAGUUCUUGGCCUCUACCGAAGAAUUUUCAGGCUUGCGAGGAAAUGGCAGGCGGCAUCAGGGCAGAUGGAAGACACCAUUAAAGAAAAACAGUACAUAUUAAAUGAAGCCAGGACGCUGUUUGAGAAAAACAAAAAUCUCACAGACACAGACCUGAUUAAACAGUGUAUAGAUGAAUGCACAGCCAGGAUUGAAAUUGGACUGCAUUACAAGAUUCCUUAUCCUAGGCCAAUUCAUGUGCCUCCAAUGGGCCUUACCCCACUACGAGGCCGAGGAUUUAGAAGCCAGGAAAAACUGAGGAAACUUUCCAAACCAGUAUAUCUCAAGUCUCACGAUGAAGUUUCCUAACCCAGAAGAAAAUUUAUUUCUCAGAAUGAUGAGCCAACUAGGUCUUGAAUAUAAACCAGAUGACAAAACCCUUUUCCUUGAUUAGGGGCAAAAAUUCAGAUAUUUUCUUAAAAACCUCCAAAAUAUUGGUACUCACCUACAAUGUGUGCUCACACAUCCCUACAGUUGGCCAGGAUCUUGCUGCCAGAGUGGACAGCACUAACCCUAAAGUCCUGGACUUUACACCCUCACUGAAGCACCAUUUGGAAACAAGACAAAGGCCUGUAGGAGGAAGACUAAAAAAUGACAGUUUUUCAGGGGAAUGCCAUUCAGUAGACAUGCCAGCUGACACACAGAAAUUAGCCAGAUACUGGAAUUUCUCAUGGCUACUCUAAAAAUAUAUACUACCCUCAGAAUAGUUUUAGAUAUUUUUUUUUUCAGGUUACAGAUUUGCUUGAAAGUAGGAGUUUUUUUUUGUGUUUUGUUGUCUUUGGACCCUUCCAGCUUCCAGAUAAGCUCACCUUAAAAAGUGCAUCACUAUAGGUAUGUUCACCAAUUUUGAUGAUGGUUUCAUGGGUAUAUACAUGUGUCAAAACUUGUACACUGCAUGUUAAUUAGCCUCAAUAAAGCUAUUUAAGAAGUUGUGAAUAAAUGUCCAAAAAAUACAAAAAAAAAAGUGCAUCACACUGGACUGAUCAUGGGUUGUCAUGGGAAUUUUAUGAGACCCAUCCCUGCCCCUGAGAUAUAUAUACACAAAAGCACGUCUUAAAUUCAUAUGUUACUUUAUCUUAAACCUGUGAUUACUUAGGUUGAACUGAGGAUCAGAAAGGCUCACCUGAAAUUCACACUAUAUGCAUUAUGAGUAUUUUACCUUAAUAUAAUUAGAAAGUACCUGGGCUAAGCUGGCUUUCAAAUAAUGUCUAAACAGAAAUGGAACAAAGAGAGAUCAAAACACAAAGGAUUUACAUGAGGAGUCAGCUGAGGUUCCCAAGGCAAGUCAUUUGUACACAGCAUCAUUCCCUCUUACCUCUGAAGAGGAUGAGCAUCAGCAGUGAAAACAAAUCUCUAUCAAUUUUGUUCUCUGUAUUCUUUUCCAAAAUGGCCUUGUGACUAAUAAAAGCAGCAGUUGAUAUCUUCCUGCCUGUACCUAGAUUUAGAAUAUCCUUGCCACUCAGAUCCUCUAAUUCAAAGUAAGUGUUAUAUUUCAAUCGGAAAACAUGUUUCUGUGAACAGGAGCAUACUAUUUCAUGUUCAGGGAAAAGUACUACAGGAUUUGGUAAUGACACGGAGAACAAAUAAUACUGUAUCAGUGGAUUAAUAGCAUAUGCAUACUUAACACAAUUGCAAAUACAGACCUAUGGUGAAGAGAGACAGGGAAAUUUAAAUGUUUUGACAGGUGUGUGGGCCACUCAGCACAUACCCCACUGUAGCUUGAAUUGGGAGACAUGAAUCUGCCGUUCCAUCAGUCACUCUCCUUCCAUCUGGUCUCUGUAGAAGUAUCUCUGUAUCCAGAGGUGAUUCUAAUGUUUAAGUAUUUCUCAUACAACACAGGUCCUGUGAACUCAAACCAACCACUUCAUCCAGUGGGCAACCAGUGAAACAAUGAUCUGUUCUUGCACUGGAGGAAAAACUGACUAUGCUGGACCAAGUGAGACAUGGCUUGCGCAUCUCCAUGUGGUCCCUUUCUAAGUAAUUCAGGGUGAUUUUAUAUAAUUUUUGUCCUACUU